AUCCAUGCAGUGUGGCUUACUUCUCUCCUUUUUUGUUUUCAGGAGCAACAGUUGGUAUGUGUGACAUUAAAGAAGAACCUCGAGAGGAAUCUUCACAGGAAGAUCCAAACAUAGAAGUGAAAACAGAGGCUUACAAUGUUGUGCCUUUGGGAGGACAGGAACCAAUGAGACAUAGAUGCGCCACAACAUCAGAAGCAGCAACACUUGGGAUGUGUCACAUUAAAGAGGAACAUCAAGAGAACUCUUCGAAUGAACAUCAAAUUGUACAAGUGAAGACAGAGCCUUACAAUGUUGCACUCUUGGCAGAGAAGGACCAGAUGGGACACAGCUGUCUGUCAGCAUCAGAGGGAGCAAGAGGAAGCACUGGUUUGCUCCACAUUAACGACCAGCCCAGAGGCACUUGUGAUCAAGCAUCUUCUGGUUGCACUUCUUCAGAGGCACAGUUCAAUAUCAGCACAAUAACCGUUGAAGCGCAGUUCGACAACACUUCACCAGUCACUAUGGACAGUCCUCCCAUGGAGCAACCUCGAGACCAGAGCAAGCCAUGUGCACUUGCGUGCACGUCGAAAGACAGCCGGAGACGUCACAUGCUUGCACAGUGUCACAAUGAGUCUGAAAAGUGUCCAGCUACUCCAUCGAGGGAUCAGAUGGGAGAGGAGGGUUUUAGGUACGACAUCUGUCCCUCUGCAUUCUUGCCGUCUGGCAGUGACACGAGUCACGUGUCAAAGCGUACUGACGAGGAGUCAUGCAAGUCCGACCACUGUCCUGCACAGUUCCACCAGAGGAGGAGUCUGCGGUGUCACAUGCAAACGCACAUGAACCAGCAGUUGUACAAGAAUGAUACCUGCCCUGCAAAGUUCAGCCGUAUUGUGCACCGGCGGCUUCGCAAGCGAGCACACACUCGAGAAAAACUAUACAAGUGUGAUGCCUGCCCGGCAGAGUUCAGCCGGACCUGGCACCUACAGCGUCACAAGCGGACACACAGGGGUGAGAAACCGAAUAAGUGCGAUCUCUGUCCCGCUGAGUUCAGCCAGAGCAAGAGCCUGUUGGAUCACAAACUGACGCACAUGGGCGAAAAAACACAGAAGUCCAAUGUUUGCCCUGCGGAGUUCGGUCGGAGAAGGAGCUUUCAGAAGCACAAGUGGACACACACGAGCAAGAAGCCAUAUAAGUGCGAUGCCUGCCCAGCGAAGUUCAGCCAUAACGAACAUCUCCAGCGUCACAAGCGGACACACACCGGCGAGAAACCAUACAAGUGCGAUGCCUGCCCAGCAGCGUUCAGUGAGAGAGGGAACCUACAGCAGCACAAGCGGACCCACACGGGCGAGAAGCCAUACAAGUGCGAUGUCUGCCAAGCGAAGUUCAGCCAGAGCGGGCACCUACAGCGUCACAAGCAGACACACAAAGGCGAGAAACCAUAUAAGUGCGAUCUCUGUCCUGCUGGGUUCAGCAAGAGCAAGAGCCUGUCAGAUCACAAACUGACGCACACGGGCGAGAAGCCAUACAAGUGCGAUGCCUGCCCAGCGAAGUUCAGCCGUAACGAACACCUCCAGCGUCACAAGCAGACACACACCGGCGAGAAACCAUACAAGUGUGAUGCCUGCCAAGCGGAGUUCAGUGAGAGAGUGAACCUACAGCACCACAAGCAGACACACACGGGCGAGAAGCCAUACAAGUGCGAUGUCUGCCCAGCGAAGUUCAGCCAGAGCGGGCACCUACAGCGUCACAAGCGGACACACAGGAGCGAGAAGCCGUACAAGUGCGAUCUCUGUCCUGCUGGGUUCAGCCAGAGCAAGAGCCUGUCGUAUCACAAACUGACGCACACAGGCAAGAAAACAUACAAGUGCAGUGUUUGUUCUGCAGAGUUUGGUCAUAGAGGGAACUUACAGCAGCACAAACUGACACACACGGGCGAGAAGCCAUACAAGUGCGAUGUUUGCCCAGCGAAGUUCAGCCAGAGCGGGCACCUACAGCGUCACAAGCGGACACACAGGAGCGAGAAGCCGUACAAGUGCGAUCUCUUUCCUGCUGGGUUUAGCCAGAGCAAGAGCCUGUCGGAUCACAAACUGACGCACACAGGCAAGAAAACAUCCAAGUGCAGUGUUUCUUCUGCGGAGUUUGGUCAGAGAGGGAACUUACAGCAGCACAAGCUGACACACAUGGGCGAGAAGCCAUACAAGUGCAAUGCCUGCCCAGCGAAGUUCAGCCAUAACGAACAUCUCCAGCGUCACAAGCGGACACACACCGGCGAGAAACCAUACAAGUGCGAUGCCUGCCCAGCGGCGUUCAGUGAGAGAGGGAACCUGCAGCAGCACAAGCGGACACACACGGGCGAGAAGCCAUACAAGUGUGAUGUCUGCCCAGCGAAGUUCAGCCAGAGUGGGCACCUCCAGCGUCACAAGCGGACACACAGGGGCGAGAAACCGUACAAGUGCGAUCUCUGUCCUGCUGGGUUCAGCCAGAGCAAGAGCCUGUCGUAUCACAAACUGACACACACAGGCACGAAAACAUCCAAGUGCAGUGUUUCUUCUGCGGAGUUCGGUCAGAGAGGGAACUUACAGCAGCACAAGCUGACACACACGGGCGAGAAGCCAUACAAGUGCGAUGCCUGCCCAGCGAAGUUCAGCCAUAACGAACAUCUCCAGCGUCACAAGCGGACACACACCGGCGAGAAACCAUACAAGUGCGAUGCCUGCCCAGCGGCGUUCAGUGAGAGAGGGAACCUGCAGCAGCACAAGCGGACACACACGGGCGAGAAGCCAUACAAGUGUGAUGUCUGCCCAGCGAAGUUCAGCCAGAGUGGGCACCUCCAGCGUCACAAGCGGACACACAGGGGCGAGAAACUGUACAAGUGCGAUCUCUGUCCUGCUGGGUUCAGCCAGAGCAAGAGCCUGUCGUAUCACAAACUGACACACACAGGCACGAAAACAUCCAAGUGCAGUGUUUCUUCUGCGGAGUUCGGUCAGAGAGGGAACUUACAGCACCACAAGCUGACACACACCGGCGAGAAACCAUACAAGUGCGAUGCCUGCCCAGCAAAGUUCAGCCAGAGCGGGCACCUACAGCGUCACAAGUGGACACACAGGGGCGACAAACCGUACAAGUGCGAUCUUUGCCCUGCGGAAUUCGGGCAGAGAGGGAACUUACAGCAGCACAAGCGGACACAUACGGGCGAGAAGACAUACCAGUGCGAUGCAUGCCCGGCGGAGUUCAGCCAGAACGGACAGCUCCAGCGUCACAAGCGAACACACACCGGCGAGAAACCAUACAGGUGUGGUGCUUGUCCAGCGGAGUACAGUGAGAGAAGGAGCCUGCAGCAGCACAAGCGGACACACAUGGGUGUGAAGCCAUACAAGUGCGAUGCCCGCCGUGCUGACCUCUGCCUGAGGAGGAACCUACGGCAGCGUAAGCGGACACACACGGGCGAGAUGCUAUACAUGUGUGAUGUCUGCCCUGGUAAUUUCAGCCUGAGCAGGAACCUACGGCAGCACAAGCGGGCAUACACGGGCGAGAAGCCAUAAAAGUACGAUGUCUGUCCUGCGGAGUUCAGUCAGAGCAGACACCUACAGAGUCACAAGACAGACAGACUCGAAGCCAUACAGGAGCAUUCCCUGUUCUGCAAACUUGAGGUAGUGCCAAACCUGCAGCGUUACAACUGCAUGCAGGUACAUGGGUGUGAUGCCCUACAAAUGCUACUUCUGUUAUGCAGGGAUCAGUCACAGGACCAGCAGGCACCAGUCAGCGAACCAAAUAGCUGCUGGCUGAGCACGAGCUAGUUCAGCCAGAGCAGGAACCUGUGGCUUCACAUGUCUCCACAAGGCACUUGAGAUUUGAAACUGUGCAAGUACAGAUGCCAUGUACACGUGAAAGAAUCCGUCCAAUUAAGUGUCACUUCUGUGCUGUUGUAUGUCCUUCAUGAACACAUGAUGAUGCGCAGGGAGAAAAGGCUAUGCAGAAGCUGUCUAUAUCCUAUCCCAUUUUAUUUCUGCUUUUUUUCCUGGUGGAAUGUUUCAAAACUUGCUCGCAUGAACAAACUGAGGUUCAAAAAUAGUUGGAUUGGAGCUGGAUUUGGUGGUGAUGCAUUGAAGUGUCACGAAACCCAGUGCCGGGGAGACAAACAGACAUGAAAAAGACAUCCUCUCACAGGCUCUGAACUGCAGAGGACGGUUCAUUUCCAUGAGCAACAUGCUCUUACAUUGCUCCCUUCCCUCUUUUUCUUCCUCUCAUGAUGAAUGGGUAUCUUCUUUAUCGUUGACUACUGAAGCGCGGAAGGAACAUGGACACGAGAGGUAAGGGAAACACAAGCGCUUGUGCUUGUCUUACAUCUCUUGUUCAUACUCCUUUGGCACUUCGUUAAUCAGACCAGGGAUAGUCAUCAAACUAGCAAAGCUAUCUACCAUUGUGCUUCUCUUGAGGCUUCCAUUGUUUUAUGCCGUACGUCUCGUCUGUUUGUGAAGUGAACAAAGAAAUCGACGUAAAGAAAUAAAAAAAAAGAUUUCCAACCACUUACAUAUGCCAACUUGAUACC